ACAGCAGGGGAGUUAUGAAGAUGCAUUUGUUCAACACAAAGAACGUUUCAAGGACAGUGUGGAGGGAGUGACGAAGGUGUGCAAGUGGAGAAAUGCUCUGAAGGACGCCGCCAAUCUGUCCGGGUUUGUUUAUUCAAACAAAACAGGGACGGAGGCCAAUUUCAUUGAAAAGUUGUUGAAGAUAUUUUGACAAAAUUGAAACGAAUAUCAUCAAGUGAUUUGAAGGGCCUGAUUGGAAUUGAAAAAAAAAUUAAGCAAAUAGAAUUGUUAUUGUGCAUUGAUUCCCCAGAUGUUUGUACUGUUGGUAUUUGGGGCAUGGGUGGUAUUGGCAAGACAACUCUUGCAGAUGCUGUAUAUCACCGACUCUCUUCUAAAUUUGAAGCUUCUUGUUUCCUUGCAAACGUUAGGGAGGAGUCAGAAAAACAUGGACUGAACUACUUGCGAAAUGUACUAAUUCGUGAGAUAUUAAAGGAAAAGGAUCUUGAUAUCAGCACUCCAACUAUAGGAUCAACUUCUGUUCGAGAAAGGCUCAGCCAUACAAAGGCCCUCAUUGUUCUAGAUGAUGUGAAUGCUUCGAGGCAGUUAGAACUUCUACUUGGUGAUCAUGUUCGGUUUGGCCCCGGAAGUCAAAUCAUUAUAACAACUAGAGAUAAGCGCCUACUUAAGAGAAGUGUUGACAAGAUAUAUGAGGUUAAGGGAUUAAGUUGGGAAGAAUCUCUUGAGCUCUUUCAUUUGCAUGCUUUCAAAAAUAACUCUACUGAAUCACGUUGUGCAGAGUUGUUAGGGACGGUGGUAGAUUAUGCCGGAGGGAUGCCAUUAGCUCUCAAGAUUUUGGGUUCCUUAUUCCUUCACUGCAACAACAGUAAAGACUGGGAACAUCAAUGGAAUGAGUUGAAAAAAUUUCCCAAUAAAGAAAUUGAGAACAUGUUGAGACUAAGUUACGAGGGAUUAGAACGAAAUGCAAGGGAGAUAUUUCUUGAUAUUGCAUGUUUCUAUAAGGGGACGACAAUAGAUUCUGCAAAAAAAAUGUUAGAUGUUCGUGGUUUCUUUGAGGGUGGAAUUAAAGUUCUCAUUGAUAAGUCUCUGAUAUCAAUUUCAAAAUGGAACUGCUUGGAGAUGCAUGAUUUGGUACAAGAAAUGGGUAGGGCAAUUGUUCAUGAACAAUGUAUUGAAGAGCCUGGAAGACGCAGUAGGUUGUUCGAUGCUGAGGAUAUUUAUCACGUAUUGAAAAAUAAUAGUAAAGGGUCUAAGGUUGGACAGCUACACUUGGAUUUUGCAGACUUCAAAAAGAUGUCCAAUCUAAGAUUACUUACUGUCAAGAAUUCUAGCUUUGGGAAGUACUGCAAAUUUAAAGUUUCUCUUCCCAAUCCUCUUAGAUAUCUUUGCUGGGAGGAAUAUCCUUUGAAAUGUUUACCAGUAAAAUUUUCUCCAGAAAAUCUUGUUGAGAUUCGAAUGGGCCGCUGCAAAGUUGAGCAACUUUGGAAUAAAGACCAGAAUCUUAGGAACUUAAAAGUGAUGGAUCUUCAUCACUCCGAUAAACUGACCAAAGUUCCAGAUCUCUCUCAAAGUAGAAAAAUAGAGCAUAUUAAUCUAUUUGGUUGUAGAAGUUUGGUUAAAGUACCUUCGUCUUUACAAUGUCUUGACAAACUUACUCAUCUUGACCUUGGAGAAUGCUCGAGUCUCAAAUGUCUUCCGGACUUGCCAGAAAACAUUGAAUACUUGGAUUUAUCAAAUACUGCUAUACGGGACUUGCCUUCAUCAGUUUGGAAUAACGAAAAGAUCUCGUACUUGAAUAUUCAAUGUUGUAAAUACCUUGAGAAUCUUCCAAGCAACAAUUGUAAGAUGAAACUACCGCUUGGUUUUGGUCUACAGGGAUGCUUAUCUCUUGCCAAGUUUUGGGAGCUUCCCCGAAAUCUAGUGGUAUUAGUGAUGGCGGGGGCAAAAAUAGAAACAUUACCCUCAUCAAUCGAGCGUCUCUUUGGUCUCCGAAAAAUUGAACUGAAAAAUUGCAAUAGGCUUCUGAGUAUCCCAACAAGCAUUUGUGAAUUGAAAUCGCUUGAGGAACUUGAUCUCACGGGUUGCUCUAAAUUUAAGGACUUUCCAGAAAUCUUGAAACCUAUGGGUUAUCUGAAGCAUCUUUGGUUAAAUGGAACGGCUGUUAAAGAGUUACCUGAAUCAGUCGAGCAUCUCUUUGGUCUCCGAAGAAUUGAACUGAAAAAUUGCAACAGGUUUCUGAGUCUCCCAGCCAGCAUUUUUAAGUUGAAAUAUCUUGGGGACCUUAAUCUCACUGAUAGCUCUAAAUUUGAGGAUUUUCCAGAAAUUUUGGAGCCUAUGAGAAAUCUUAAGUAUCUUUGGUUAAGUGGAACGGCUGUUAAAGAGUUACCUGAAUCAAUCGAGCGUCUCUUUGGUCUCCGAAGAAUUGAACUGCAAUAUUGCAACAGGCUUCUGAGUCUCCCAUCAAGCAUUUUUAAGUUGAAAUAUCUUGGGGAACUUGAUCUCACUAGUAGCUCUAAAUUUAAAGACUUUCCUGAAAUCUUGGAGCCUAUGGGAAAUCUGAAGUAUCUUUGGUUAAAUGGAACGGCUGUUAAAGAUUUACCUGAAUCAAUCGAGCGUCUCUUCGGUCUCCGAAUGAUUGAUCUGAAAAAUUGCAACAGCCUUCAGAGUCUCCCAGCGAGCAUUUUUAAGUUGAAAUAUCUUGCGGAACUCGAUCUCACUGGUGUCUCUAAAUUUAAAGACUUUCCAGAACUCUUGGAGCCUAUGGGAAAUCUGAACUAUCUUUGCUUAAACGGAACGGAUAUUGAGGAAUUACCCGAAUCAAUCGAGCGUCUCUUUGGCCUCCAAAGACUUGAACUGAAAAAUUGCAACAGGCUUCAGAGUCUCCCAGCGAGCAUUUUUAAGUUGAAAUGUCUUGGGGAACUCUAUCUUACUGGUAGCUCUAAAUUUAAACACUUCCCAGAAAUCUUGAAGCCUAUGGGUUAUCUGAAGAGUCUUUGGUUAAAUGGAACGGCUGUUGAAGAGUUACCCGAAUCAAUCGACCAUCUCUUUGGUCUCCGAAGAAUUGAACUAAAAAAUUGCAACGGGCUUCUGAGUCUCCCAGGGAGCAUUUGUAAGUUGAAAUAUCUUGGGCAACUUGAUCUCACUGGUAUCUCUAAAUUCAAAAACUUUCCAGAAAUCCUGGAGCCUAUGGAAAAUCUGAAGUAUCUUUGCUUAAAUGGAACGGCUGUUGAGGAGUUAGACGAAUCUAUCGAGCGUCUCUUUGGUCUCCAAAGAAUUGAACUGAAAAAUUGCAACAGGCUUCUGAGUCUCCCAGCGAGCAUUUUUAAGUUAAAAUAUCUUUGGCAACUUGAUCUCACUGGUUGCUCUAAAUUUGAAUACUUUCCUGAAAUCUUGGAGCCUAUGGGAAAUCUGAAGUAUCUUUGCUUAAAUGGAACGGCUGUUAAAAAGUUACCCGAAUCAAUCGAGUGUCUCUUUGGUCUCCAUAGAAUUGAACUGAAAAAUUGCAACAGGCUUCUGAGUCUCCCAGCGAGCAUUUUUAAGUUGAAAUAUCUUCGGGAACUUGAUCUCACUGGCAACUCCAAAUUUAAAGACUUUCCAGGAAUCUUGGAGCCUAUAGAGCCUAUGAAAAAUCUUCGCUCUAAGUUUUUGUUAAUGGAAAGGGCUGUCUUCUGA